AUGAAACCAAAUACAGAGAAUGUUAAAACCAAUCACAUACUAAAGCUUUUGACCAGGAUACGACAUUUACAAAAUAUUAGUUUUAUCAAUUUCCCCAUAAUAGGUAGCCAAGAAAAAAUAGCUUGGUUUUAUACUAUUCAUACCCAGGUUGGUAAUGAUCAAAACUCCAGUAUUUUAAUAUAUGUGAGUGAAGAUACUAAACCUAGCUUUAACGAUGGUUUCCAAUACUCAUUGCUGUUUAACGAUUUGCCAGAAAUUUCUUUGCAGAAAUUCCCAGAUACACAAAUGAUACUUCAGUUAUAUGGACAUGACACAAAGGAAAAUUCCUCUUUUCUAAUAGCAAAAUACGAUAUAAAACUAUCAAAUCUAGUAGCAAUUGCUAAAAAAAGUAUGAUAAAUGGUAAAAUGUGUUUUCCAAUUUUUUUUAUCAAGGGAAGGAAUGCUUUUUAUACCUUAGAAGUGGCUUUAUCUGGAAAAAAAGAGCAUGAGGAACUAAUAAGUACCGAGAAUUCCAUCAAAAAGAUUUCAUACACAUAUAAUACAAUUUUGAAAUUAAAUAGAUUACUAGAAUAUUAUAGUGAGUUAGUAGAUGAAAUAAGCCAUACUAAGGAGAAUAUAGAUUCCGCAAAUAAUCCUUCAUUGUCCUUAUCAGGCAAUAAAGAUAACAUUAAAGUUUUAAACAAGUUCAUUACUGACAUAAACUUUCGAAUUUCACAAAAAAGCAAAUUACUCAAAUUAAGAGAUGAUAAGUUGAUUAAAACCCCACUACCUUUAUCCAAGCAUUUAUCCCCCUUAUCUCCCCUGUCAUUAACCACAUCAAAGGGCAGAGAACCCUUUGCAGAUGAAAAUAACGAGAUUUAUACAAACUAUACAAUUCGUCAAGCAGAACUUAAAGCUUUACAAAUUAAAAAGUUGGAUAAAUUGACGCAAGAAUUUUUUAAGGACACACUGAUUAAGAAAUAUUUAAUUGUAAACUCUCCUGGGGAAACCAUAAUAACAUUAAAGCCUUUAAAUAGUGUUUUAUUGUUAUCGGAAGCUGAAAUAAAUGAAUCUAAUAGGAUCAAAAUUAACACCAUGCUAGGCUACUACAUACUUGGCUAUGAACAGGCAACAGCAAAAAAAAUUUCAGCUGGCUGUUCAUUAUUUUAA